AUGAGCUUCAGCAAGUCUUUCUCGAGUGGUGACUUCGGUCACGGCUCUGCGUUCGUCAUCGAGACGGGCAGAGUCAAGUCCGUUCUGUCCGAUCUUAUCCAGGCCUUCCGGCGGGCCGUCCCUCUAGAGCGGAACCCCACGCAGGCCGCUAUCCUCUUUGUGAUCGGGUUCCUCAUCUUGCCGUGGCUGGUCUCCAACGUGAGAUCGUACCGACGCCUUCGUCACUUCAAGGGCCCUCGACUGGCAGCCGUCUCCAAGUUAUGGCAUCUCAAGACCGUCGUCGGGCCGACGGCCUAUCUCGACUUUUACGAGGUGCUCAAGGAAUACGGCCCCCUCGCCCGCGUUGGACCCAACGACCUCAUCAACGACGACCCGGAAUUCGCGAGGCACAUUCUCGGCGUGCGCAGCCAGUACCGCCGUGCUGAUUGGGACGAGGAAGAGCAUGGCAAGCUCCGGUCCAAGAUGGCCGCGGGUUACUCUGGGAGAGAAGUAGCGGGAUUCGAAAAGAAGAUCGACGAUAACAUCACCAGGCUCUUCCGGCUCCUCGAAAAGUCUAUUGACGUGGACCAGCCCUUCGACUUCGGCCGCAAGGUGCAGUUCUUCACCCUGGAUGUCAUCUCAGACCUCGCCUACGGCGAACCCCUCGGCUUCAUGUCUAACGACAAGGACAUGUACGACUAUCUCAAGUCAACCGAGGCGGCUCUUCCCGUCUUUAUGACGCUGGGCGUCGUCCCAUGGGUGAUGAAGAUCUUUGCGUCUCCCAUUUUCAGAUCGCUAAUGCCCUCGGAAAACGACGUUGUCGGGUUCGGAAAACUCAUGGGCAUCGCCAAGAAGAUUUCCGCCGAGCGCUUUGGCCCGGACAGAAUCGUUCAAAAGGACAUGCUCGGUUCCUUCAUUAACCACGGCAUGACCCAAGAAGAAGCGGAGUCCGAGAUUCUGGUACAAGUCCUCGCCGGCUCAGACACAACAGCGACCACCAUCCGCGCCACAGUCCUCCACACGAUCACGACCCCGCGCGUCUACGCCCGCCUGCUCGAAGAAAUAGCCCAAGCCGCCCCCAACACCUCCAGCCCCAUCAUCUCCGACGCCGAGGCCCGCACCCUGCCGUACCUCCAGGCCCUGAUCAAGGAGGGCCUGCGCAUCUUCCCGCCCGUCUCCGCUUUCGCGCCCAAGGAGGUGCCCGCGGGCGGCGACGUGUGGAAGGGCAGGUUCAUCCCCGGCGGCACCCGCAUCGGGUGGUCCGCGAUGGCGCUGGCCCGGCGGGAGGAGACGUGGGGCAAGGACGCGGCCGAGUUCAGGCCCGAGAGGUGGAUCAUGAGGGAGGACGGCGGCAUCUGCGACUCGGCGGAGAAGCUGAGGGAGAUGGAGGGCGUCCACGAGCUGAUCUUCAGCCACGGGCGGCAUCAGUGUCUCGGGAAGCCGGUCGCGGUGAUGGAGUUGAACAAGGUGUUUUUCGAGCUGUUCCGACGGUACGACCUCAGCCUAUGCAACCCGCUCAAGCCGUGGAAGUCGAUCCACGCCGGCAUCCACUGUCAAUCGGAGAUGUGGAUGAGAGGCCACCGGCGGGAUUAG